AUGAUCUACGAGAAGCCAAAAGUCGAAAUGGGUAUUGCGCUCAUCGAAAGUGAAGAAGCCUUCAAACGAUCGGCUAUGGCCACUGAGGAGGAUUACAAAGCUCGCUACUACGCUGCGCAGCGAAAUUAUAAGCUGAAGAUCGAUCGUCAUGGAUUAUACGCUGAUGCAGACAUGUAUAAAGGAAAAGGUCCCUUGGUUUCAGCACUUUUACAUACCCCGAACGAGUAUAUUAAGUUUGGUUCCUGUUUUAAACCAGAGGAGGUUGAUGAACCGAGUGGUUUGGAAGCUCUAAACGAUGAGCUUCGUACGCUCGCGCAGGAACGGGGGUUCAGCAACCGCUAUGGAAAGACCUUUUUCUCGCUUGUUCAGCGCCAGCGCGAAGAGUACAACGAUAUCAUAAAAUUGCAACAAGCUAGCUUUUGCCGGGUCGCCAAGGAAUAUUUCACCCUCACUUACGGGAAGAUGAACAAAUUUUUGCUAUCGGAAGUGAGGGCACGCAAACUGAUUGAGGAUGUGGAGAUGGCCGAGGGAGUGGUGCUGAUGAAAACACUACGUCGGUUUAUUGAAGAAUGUGAGGAGCGGAUUAUUCGAAGAACUUUCGACGAGGGCCGUUUAACCAAAUAUUCAAAUGAAGACGAUGAUAUCCACAGACCUCCUGUGCUGGAUAGCAUGUAUGCGGUUCCCUUACUACAAAGGGCGAUGACAAUUCGAGAGGAGACGAUGUCAGAGCAUUCGAUUGCGUUUUGCAAUCUCCAAUUGGGGAUGUUGACGCAAGCGGAUCUUUGUAAGAUGGGACUAUUAUGGCGUAAUGCAAUCACAGAUACCCUAGAAAUCAUCCCAGGUGCCAAGAUUCCCUUUCAUCUUCGCGAUUCCGUGGCUUACGCCUUCAAAUCCGAGGCCCUUUAUAUUGCUCUUGACGAGGAAAACAAACGGAUGACUCUCAUUGAGCAAGAAGAACUGGCAAUGGAGAUGUUACUGGACUUUUGCAAUCCUCAAGUUACCAUGGAAAUAGCUAAUCAGGAGAGGAGGAAAAAAAUUAACACCGCCAGAUUAACAUUGUAA